AUGGCGGAAACAGAGGACCCGAUUGCCGGUGAUCUCUUUCUCAAGGGUCUCGUAGACCAGGGCUUCCAACCGGCACCCCCUCCUACCCCACGGAGACCGCACCGACAUCUCUGCAGCUACCUGUUCAGAUCCACCGCCUUCGUCGUUCUCGUCGUCCUCCUCGCAUUUUUUCCCACCCAGGCCCCGGAGUUCGUUAACCAGACCGUCAUCACCCGAAGCUGGGAGCUGCUUCACCUACUCCUGGUCGGCCUCGCCGUCUCCUACGGCCUCUUUAGCCGCCGCAAUGCUUUUGACCCUGCGGCGGUGGAGCACCUGGACGGCCCGAAAGCCGACAACGCGCCGGCGUUCGUGUCCGAUCUCCUCCAGGUUCCGCGAGUCUUCGUUGACGACGAUGCGAACAAGCUUCAGAUGUGGAGCCACCAGUGCUACAGGGCAGAACCAGAGGUAUUCUUGGUCGCGGAGGAGAGCUCCGGCGACGCUGGCAGGUCCCUCCGGCUGCCGGUCAGAAGCCUGCGAUCGCCCAUCGACAAUGGCGGGGACGGCCGCCCUCCUCCUAUUCUACGGAAGCCGAGGUCCGAGAAGAUGUCGUCAGGAGGAGAAGCAUCUCCGCCUUCCUUUUCUCUCGGGAGCACCUCCAGACCUCCACCGCUCCUCCCAGCUGGGCUUUCGCUGGACCUGAGGGAGAAGAAAACCUAUGAGGACUCCGGAAAGAGAAAAACCGUCUGUAAGCCGCCGCCACCGCCGCCGCCACCGCCGCCGCCCCCCCCUCGAUUGCUUAAUCUGGGCUCUCCGGGGCCUAGGAUCGUCGUCGAGGGCUAUUCCCCGGUCAAGCCGAUCAGAAGAACAGCCAGGCCCAAAGAGGCGGCGGCGCAAGGGCCGGAUCUGCUGGGCUGGUCGCCGGAGCCGCCGCAGCACGACCUACUCCCCUUCUCAACGCCUGCCCCAGCGGAGGAAUCCCAGAACGGGAAGAAGGAAGCGCACGAGGAAGUGAAUGCGAUCGAAGAUAAAUUCGUCGUCGUAACGGACGACGACGAUUCCGACAGAGACGACGCGGACGACGACGAUAGCGUAGGCUCAGAAUGCGGGGGCAGGCCCCCGGCGGCGGAGGUGGACGAGGUUGACAAGAAGGCGGACGAGUUCAUCGCCAAGUUCAGGGAGCAGAUCAGGCUGCAGAGGAUCGAUUCCAUAAGGAGGUCGGCGGGGGAGCGCGGUCGCCGUAACACGCCGGGAAGUAGAGCGUUCGCCGCCUGA